ACAGACUCAACCCUUCAAUAUUUGUUGGCGAAAUGCAAAGACACCAAGCUCCAAAAUAAAUUGAAACAGCUAAAUUGGAAAAGACUGGAAGUAUUUCCUACAAUUGUUCGAUCGCCCCCAAAAAAUCCUUCAGAGAAAGAACAAUUGACGGCUUCAGAGGAUAUUGACACUAAGCAUAUAAGCCGUUUUUGCUUAAAAGAGUUAUUCAAAUAA